GACCCCCCUGUCACCCUCUAGCGGCACAGAGUGCUCGGCUGCUCGGCGUGCGGUGCUACGAGACGCCGCAGAGCGACCAUGUUUAUCGGUACGGACUGCGGUUGUCCACAAACGACGGCGAUGGGCUUAUAAACGCUAGACAACACUGGUCGGCUUGGUUGAAAAGGCAAAGUAAUUUGCUUUACUGUCUGAGAAAGCGUGUCUUGUGGCGUGGAAGAGCGGAAGGUUGGCGGGGGAAGACGGCGACUUGAAAGGAGCGAGCGGGCCUCCUGGCUGCCGCAGCCCCGGCAUUUUCUCCGGCCACAAAACACGGGACAACGGAGUCAAAACUCACCUUGCAAACGAAGCAAAGUAAGAAGCCAGCUGCUCCGGUGCGGAACGCCGUGGUGGUGAGAUUUCAGUGGCCGUCUUUCAGCUCACCCACCGGCCAAGUCUGUCGGCGUUGAGUCCUCCUCCAACUGGCGGGCGGACAAGCUUCCUUAAAGGCGGCUGCUGCCUGGUUACAGCCGAGUGGACACAUUCAAAUAUGGCUACUACGGUCGUUUUUGAAUCAAACAGUACUAGUAAUAGUACAUUCCAUGUACUAUUAAAUAAGACAAUGGGAUGGAAAAGUUUUAUGUCUCAGACAUGUAGUUAAUUGUGGCGCUUCCAGAAAGAAUAUUUGUUUAGUUUGAGAUGACAAACCCACUUUAUUGAUCACUUGAGGAAACUUGCAAGCAAAAUGCACGUGAUAUAUUAUAUUUAUGAAAUAAAACAGAAGGCAUGCACUUAGCAACUGCUUUCUUGCACAGUGUGGAUGUUAAUGCUAACACCAGAGCAAAAAUACUUGUCUUUUGGCAUCCCAUUCACAAUGCUUUGUGCUUGUGCAGUGAAGGCUAAAAGUCACAGAGUUUGGCAAAUACAACAUUCAUUUGGCAAUGGGUCUAUCACUGCACCUUGAGGGACACCGAAGACAAAAGUGGCAAUUUUACACGAAUUCAGAGAGGUGGAUUACAUAUGAAUGUUUAAACUACUCCGCUCAGGUUUUUCUGAAUUCAUCUAAGAAGAUAUAAACAUUAUGUUAGUCACAAACUUUAAAAACAGUCAUAGGCUAGUGGGGCAUGUUUUUAUGAUUCAUUUUAGUUUUUUUAAAUGAUCAGGCUUGCUCCUGUGUGGUGAAGUGGCUAUAUUGUUAUACUGGACUACAAAUAACAUACUUUAAACUCGGUUCUUACUUUUAGGGUAUUGGUGGUCCAAACAUUUAUUUAUUCAUACAAUUUGUUUUAACUGGAUGUUGUUUGGUUACUUAGGGUGGACGAAGCCACUGGAAUCUGGCAUCCUCGUAUUGCCUUCAUAUACGGUCGGAAAUAAUACUCACCCAUAGUUAGAAACAUCUCGAAUGAGUAAUAGUUGGACUGAAUGGACCACAAACAGUGUAAAACCACGGUGUUUCUAUUGAUAUGAUAACCCCAAACGAUUACAGCUCUAUGGCAGCCUGACUUAAAGGGAGAAACUGUCCCGAACAGCGGAUGUCAGUGUUAACGAGGAUCCUUGAAUGCAACACAGCUCUCCACAGAUGGAGGCUGGGCUAGCGGCUGCUCGGCGACCAGCUGCUUGUUGACGGCGGUUCCUUUGGCGGAGCGGUGUCGCCGGGAAGGGAGUGUAGAGUGUGGCGUCGCCGGUCACUGUCUGAAUAUAACCUGGGAGCCGCCGGUACCUGGGAGGUGAACGUCAUAGAGCCGUCUCGGCAGCUAGCAUGCCGGCUAGCAUCAGGUUCGGCUAACAUCAGGUGGCUAGCUCAGCUGUUGACAACUGCCACUGUUUCUUUGUGCCGGUUAGCUUUGUUAUGUAGCCUCACUUUUCCUUUCCGAAAGAACAACCUUGUUGGCUGACUAAAAACAAAGUGGCAGCCAGCUCGCAAGCAGUUUCCAACAGCAAUGCGGGUAGCGAGAGCGGACUGUUUGCUACAUCUCCACCCAGCCUAUCAGCGCCAGUCUGAGCACUGCGCAUAAUGACUGAUUAUUAUGGCAUGGCUCAGCCUGAUCUGCAGAUGCAAGCUUGUGUCGAGGGCGUGCAGAGGAAGCAGGGCGUGGAAGCCGAGGAGCAGGUGCCUCCUUGUUUGCUUCCAUCACCAGUGUUGCUGGAUGAGGAUGCUUCCGACACCCCACCCCGAGCAUCCGCCCUCGCUUGUAAACACACCACCGAAUGCCGCAUUACGACUGGGAAGGACAGUGCUCAAGUUGGAAAACAUCUCAGCAAAGUUGAGAAACCGCUCCUCGUCAAAGGAGCCGCCAAGGUACUGCACGGCAAGUGGGAGACUAAUGGGAACUAUGCGACGAUCCAUCAUCCUUCCAGUAACACCCACAACGAGGAUGGAGGCAAGCUAACAAAGAAGAGAAGACCGGUCAAGGUGGACACAUCCAAGGCCAAAACCUCUCUGGAGGCAGUGAAGAUUAGCAUCAAACAGCUGAAGUGGAAAGAGCAGUUUCCACUGGGAAGACGAGCGGCGUGUGACAUCUACUGGCACGGCGUCUCCUUCCACGACAAUGACAACAUCAUGUCGGGCCAGGUGAACAAGUUCCCAGGAAUGCUGGAAAUGUCGCGCAAGAUCAACCUCAGCAGAUCAGUCAGGACUAUGCAAGAGCUGUUCCCCGAGGAGUACGACUUCUACCCACGGUCAUGGAUCCUACCCGAGGAGUACCAGCAGUUCUCCACACAGAUCCGCAUGGUGAAAGAGCACGACCCAACGCUCAACCCCACCUUCAUCGUCAAGCCCGACAGCGGCUCUCAGGGCGACGGCAUCUACCUCAUCCGCGACCCCACCGAGCUGCGGCUGUCAGAGGGCUCCCAGGCCAAGCAGGCGGUGGUGCAGGAGUACAUCCAGAAGCCGCUACUCGUCGACAAGCUCAAGUUCGACAUCCGUCUCUAUGUGCUGCUCAAGUCGCUGGAGCCGCUGGAGAUCUACAUCGCCAAGGAGGGCCUCACGCGCUUUUGCACCGAGCCCUACCAGGAGCCAAGCCAGAAGAACCUGGGUCAGGUCUUCAUGCACCUGACCAACUACUCCCUCAACGUCCACAGCGGCAACUUCGUCCACUCGGACAGUCAGAGCACGGGCAGUAAGCGCACGCUCUCCAGCGUGCUGCACAGGCUGGCCGCCAAGGGCGUGGACAUCAAGCGGGUGUGGUCGGACAUCAUCUCACUGGUCAUCAAGACCAUCAUCGCCGUGGUGCCUGAACUGAAAGUUUACUAUCAGGCUGACAUCCCGCCUGGGAAGCCUGGACCCACGUGCUUCCAGAUCUUAGGUUUCGACAUCCUCCUGAUGAAGAACCUGAAGCCCGUUCUGCUGGAGGUCAACUCCAACCCCAGCAUGAGAAUAGAGCACGAGCAGGAGGUGGCACCAGGAGUCUUCGAGUGCGUUAACAGUCCAGUAGACGAGGAGGUCAAAGUGGGCGUGAUCAGGGACACUCUACGCCUGGUGGACCCUGGCCUCAAGAAAACACCCACUUCCCAAGUGAAGGGCGUUGGGGAGGAGGCCCCAGUGGAGUCCCAGGACAGGAACCAGCAGGAAGGUGGCGCCAUGCCCUCGCUGUGUCUCAAGCAGGUCUACCCAAAGUACAACCGGCAGUUCAACUAUCUGCGACUGGUGGAGCGGAUCGCCGCCCUCUUCAUCCGCUUCCUGGGGGUUAAGGGCAACAUGCGUCUGGGCCCCACAGCGUUCCGAACCUUCAUCAGGAACUGUAAGCUCAGCAGCAGUAACUUCACCAUGGCAUCUGUGGACAUCCUGUAUAUCGACAUUGCACGCCGCUGGUCCGGAGCAUUGCCGGACUCUCGGGAGGCAGGUAUGGGACUGCAAGCCUUUGUGGAGGCCUUCUUUUACCUGGCAGCGCGCAGGUUCAAAUCCCAGUCACCGCGGGAGCAGGUGAUGUCACUGCUAGAGCUCUGCGAGGCCCAGCUGGAGUCCCAGCCGGGCGUGGAGGAGCGUCGCUCGGUCAGCUGCGGCAGGUUGGUCUCGCGGGGCAUCAAGAACACGAGCCCCGCCAACCCCAGGCUGGUCUCGCCGGGGCCCCUGCGUCGGGCGUCCAGCCAGGACUACCGGCUGCAUGCACGACUGAAAUCUCGCACGCUCAGGGCCAACGUGGAGAACUGAGGCAACGCUGGCGGGCGUUUACGUGUGAGGCGCGAGGGAGGGGGAGAAUGGACACUAAAGGUUUGUCAGCAGUGAUGGAGUGAGGCGGCGCGAGGAGGUUGGUGCAUGUCUGUCGCCGUUUUCAGCAAAUAUGAAGAGUGUGCUAUCGACUUUUUAAUUUAUUUGCAGAUCCUACAUGGCAGCUAUUUGCUUGCCUUCAUCUUUGCCUGGCAACUCAUAAUGUGGCCGCAUUUAACAACUGCUGACACAUGGAGAUACACGGUACAUUGUUCUUAUUGUUAUUACUGACCUCUUGAUUGAUUUUGCACAAAGAGACAUUUUGCACAGAAAUGCAUGAAGGGGAGCGUUUGUUUCAAUGACCGUUUCUUUUGGAGGCCCAUCACUGGCGAGCUACAUGAACAUACAUUCAACACAACGAGCAUGUUGCAGGUAGAACACAUGCACAACUAACAAAGACACAUGACACUGCACGACACUUGACUUGGCCAUUUAACAAAGCUAUUGUACUGUAUGUCUAUGAAACAUGAUGUAUGGUAAAAAGGUCAACAGCGGAACCUUUGUUAGCGUUGUUUCUUCAUUCCAGAAGGUCCCUUUGCAACCGAAACGGAUGCUAACGCAAUAAAUUUUUUCCCCAUAAGAAAUAAUGUCAAUGCAAUUAUUUGUUUUUGUAGUUAGAGCAUAAAAAACUUUUUAUAACUUUCUAAAUAUGAGUUUUAACAUUAUUGGAACACCCUAGAUAUGAAAAAACACCCCAAUACUCACUUUUACACCCCUAUUGUUUACAUCAUGUUGCGCAGGCUACAGUAUCACUGCAGGGACAUAAGAGACGGACGCCGCUAGCAUAGCACGCUAGCAUCUCCUACCUGUAAAUAUUUGGAAUUUCACUACAGGACUAUCACAGCACCCUCUUUGUUGUUACUGUGAAGGCCGCAGGCUUUCUGCGAGCCG